AUGGCCUCGGGACUUGGACUAGUGUCAAUUCCUCCCCGCCAUAUGAGAAGUCCUGGUGACGAUGGUUAUCGCACACCAACCAUUGAAGAUGCCGACCGCACUAUCUCAAUUCUAGGCGCUACGGACACUCCUAGAGCCAUUGCCCGCGAUGUGCACGCUACCGCGUUGGAGGAAACAUUGCAAAAGAUAUCUUCGAGGGCUACUACUGACCGUCGAUCCAAGAGAGAUUCUUGGGAGCCGCAUGGUCGGCAUCUCGAUCGCACGCUUACGGAUGCAUCAGCAGACCAUCUUAGCUGGAAAAAACGAAUUCGUCAUAUUACCUGGGCAUAUUUCACCUUGACCAUGGCCACGGGAGGAAUAGCGAAUGUUCUAUACGAAGUUCCAUAUCGCUUUCGAGGGUUGGAGACGAUCGGAAUUAUCGUCUUCUUGUUCAACAUCUUCCUCUACCUUGUCAUCUGGGCGCUUCUGCUUGCUAGAUUCUAUUUUUACCCUUACACUUUCAAAGCGUCCUUCCUGCAUCCAACGGAGUCCCUGUUCAUUCCUGCAUCAAUGGUGUCUUUUGGCACCAUCCUCAUCAAUGUUUCCCAAUACGGCCCAGAAAAGGCAGGCCCGUGGCUCCUUGAGGCUGUUGGAAUUCUAUUUUGGAUAGACUGCAUCCUAGCUGUGCUGUUCUCCGCGGGCAUCUAUCUCAUUCUAUGGUCGACACAGACAUUCACAAUCGCCCAGAUGACUCCUAUUUGGAUUUUCCCUGCUUAUCCUAUGCUCAUCAUUGGUCCCCAUGCUGGGAUUUUGGCUGCGAAGCUCGAACAAUCGCGUUCGCUGCGCAUCAUUGUUGGAGGAACGACGAUUCAAGGUGUCGGAUUUUUGGUUUCACUGAUGGUGUAUUCGGCCUUCAUCUACCGACUCAUGACUCAAAAGCUUCCAAAGGAAAACAUGCGCCCGGGUAUGUUUGUUUCUGUCGGACCUAGUGGGUUCACAGUCGCUGGGUUGGUGAACAUGGCCUCUGAAGCGAAGCGUUCUUUUCCGGCAGAAUUCAUGGGCAAUGGUCCGCUGGCUGCCGACAUACUGAGGGUGACGGUUGAUUUUGCCGCCUUAUGGCUAUGGGGUUUGGCAAUCUUCUUCUUUAUCAUCGCUAGUGCAGCCCAUUGGUCAGCUAUCGGACCAGGACGAAUGGUCUUCUCAAUGGCCUGGUUCUCUUUCGUGUUCCCUAAUACAGCAUUGCUUACUGCUACCUUUGCCAUCGGGAAAGCAUUUUCUUGCGAUGCCAUAAACAUUGUCGGUACUGUGGCAGUGUUUCCACUGCUACUUAUGUACUUCUUCGUUUGCUAUAUGAUGGUUCGAGCCAUUGUUCAACACCAGAUCCUGUGGCCGCAGAAGGGUGAAGAUAGGGAUGAGGGUGGAUUUGAAGUUCAGCACUUGAACCCUGCUGGGGAGGAUUCCGAGGAAACUAAUGCUGUUUAG